UGCUGGGUAACGGUACAGGCGUUGAGUCACGCGUCUGUCAAAUGAUGAACAAAUUUAUUCGCUCUGGUUUUAUAUUAGGCUAUGUCCACAGUUUAGGCUACGUCAUUUUAUCCUUGAUAGCAUGAAUGAACAUCGCCGCCAACAUUUGCAAUGACUUCCAGAAAGUGGGGCGUGCUUAGCAUUUUGUGUCUGUUUGUUUUCAGACUGGGAAAAGUUAGCAGAGGAGAAGAUGGAAUUCUGCUUCCCUGCUUUACAGAGAACCCCUUGUCAGAGGAACUAAAAGUGGAAUGGAAGAGGAGGGACUCUACAUUAGUGUAUUCGUACCAAGGACCAGAAGGCGAAUUCCUAUCUGGAAAUAACGACAAUAGGGCGUUAUUCUUUGUCGCGGAGGCCAUGACGGGGAAUUAUUCUCUGCUUCUGCGUAAUGUCACACAGAACGACCUAGGAGGCUACACAUGCAGCGUGAGUGGGAAGGGAAAAUACUUGGAGUGCGUUGUUGAGGUGACGGAAACUGAUUACCUGAUGGUCAGUGGAACAGACCGUGCCGUCAGCCCCAAUGUUGGGGAAGAGGUGACGAUGACCUGCUCUGUGCAUUCCCAUAAGCCACUUGAGGAGGUGUCAUGGAAGAAACUAGAGCCGGACAGAAGCUUUACCCUUGUUGCACUCUUCAAAGACAAUGAGAUGUCUGAACACGGAACCUAUCAUGGAAGAGCAUCAUUAUUUGGAUCGGAAAUUCCAAAAGGCAACUAUUCACUGAGACUGACGGGUGUCAAGACAGAAGACAAUGGGGAGUACAUUUGCGAAGCGCACAGUGAUGCGCUGUCAGCCAACAGAAGUGUGUCCAUGAGUUUGGGCUUGUCAUCUAUGCACAUAUUGGUAUUGGCAUCAUGCGUCGCUGGAGUUGUACUUGCAGUUGGUGUUAUGAUGAUCCUUAUUGCUAUAAAAGACAGAAAUCUGGCAGAUUCAAGCAGUGCAGCGGUAUGGCACUGUGUACUUGCCAUUGGUCCAGGAGUCAUUAUGUCUUUCGCAUUUGUUAUUUGGGGUGUUAUUGAAGGACAGCAGGGAGAAGUGGUCACAUGUGCAGCCCUCAACCUGACUCGAGUGAUAUUGCUGUUCAAGAUCAGCCACGACACGGCAAUGCAAAAUGAGUCUGAGAACCUACAAUUAUCCUCAAUUCCAGGAUCCUCUUCCCAACAAAACGGUGAGGAUGUUGACACUCAGUCACAUGUUUGCCCCAGAUACCCAGAUGUGGAUACUGUGGACACAGAUGUGGAUGUGCCUGAAGUGUGUGGGAACCCAGAUGUAUCCACAAGCCCUGGAUCCCCUUGUCGAGAAACAGGUGACUGCAAAAGCUUCCUUUCCAAUAAUUGUUUUUUCCUGGAGUACAUCAUAAUUACCAAUGUUUUAACUUGGGUCAUCUUCUAUAACAUCUGGUAUGUGGAGGGAGACAGUAAAGUUUUGGCCUUUGUUGGCAUGACAUCUGGAUUAUCACUUCAUAUGGGCAUAAAAUUAUUCUUUGGAGGAAAAGGCUUUCUGGAGAUCAUGGACUUCUUUUUCCUUUUCACUGUGUAUUUUAGCUCACGGACACUAAAUGAUGAUGUUUUCCAGAGAAUGUUCUGUUGGGUGAUGGUAACGUCAAUAUUAUUUUUGCUGUCUUUACUAUUUUUGCGUUGGGAGAGAAUACGGAAUGAAGGGAAGUGUGAAGAGCUGCGAACCCUGGCUUACCUGGUGUGGGUAUUCAUUGUGCGUCUCAUCCUAAGUGCCAUCAUUUUUUACUUACUCCUUCAAGUUUUGGAACCUAAUGAAGAGCUGGCUGGGUUUCUCUGGACCACCGCACUGCUCCACCUCCUGGCACUGUGUGGAAUAUUUGAUUGCCUAACGGACAGCAAGCUGACUGAGUGCCCAAAGAAAGUACUCUACGUGUGUGGCACUUGCGGCCUAAUUGCAGUUAACGCCAUUGCCCUUGGAUUAGAGUUAAUUUGGAAGUGGCAAAAUGGAGAACGGACCGUAGCAGAUCUCCGUGUCAUUGUUGUUCGAUCUGAGUUUGCAUUUGUUUUGGGCUGGAUGUUCCUAUGGAGCCAUGCUUACUGGGAGGGAUAUAGAGAAAGAAUAUGGAAAGAAGUGAACACAUUUUGGAGUCAGGAUCGGGGCAGAAGUUAGGACAUCACUAUGUCUACAUAUUGUGGACCAAAGGCUUCUGGUGUGCUUACAUAAUAGCUCGAAAGACAUUUUGUCUUGAACAGGGAGAUGGUCAAGGACAAGGCAAUGAAAAGCUGUGGGAUACCAUAUGGAACACAUGGGGAUUCAAACUCACUCAGCUGUCACUGGACUCGGUGGACAGAAAAUUGAGCUUUUUCAAAGUUCUAAAAAAAGGGGUACUCAUUCUGUGUCAUAGUUAUGUAGGUGAGCUGCAAACAUGCACUUUUGGCAUACAGCAUGCUUAGGCAUGUUCACUGUCUUCUGCCUUAACAAGCUUUGUUGUGCUAUGGACUAUGUAUGUCAAUGCCAGAUGGGCAACUACU